GCGCGCGCGCUGAGACACCGAGGGAGUUCGCGCUCGCGCACAUCCUCUCCAUCCGCGUUAUUAAUAGAGUUCGUCCUAAUGAAAGGAAUAGACGCGUUUCGAUUAAAUUAGACUGCGAUUUAUAACGCCAAGUUUAACUUGAUGAUAAUCUGCGCGACUCGAAGGAACUUCGGAGGAGAUUGACGGAGAAUCAUCUGCGCUCGUUUCUAACGUAGUGAUGUCGUGAUGGCUCCGCCCCAAAGGAGGCGUUCCUUCGGCCCCGUCUCACCCAAACGCAUCUACAGGAGCCUGUCACUCAAACUGAGGGGCGGGGCUUCUCACAGUGAGGCGGAGCCGUCUGAUUGGAGGAGACGGCUGAGCAGAGGACCAGCUCAGUACUCGUGUCUGUGGGAUGCGCUGGAGAAUGAAGACACACUCGCGGUCCAGCAUCUGUUAUCCAGAGAGCGAGCGGCAGACAGACGGGUGAACGGCGUCAGUGAACUCGGCCUGGUCCCGCUGGACGUGGCCGCUCUUACCCAUAAUGCACCACUGUUGCAGGUGCUGGUGAAGGCCGGAGCCAAACACAACACCACCUUGAGCUCGGCCUCUGAUUGGUCGCUGAAGCUGGAUGAGCUGGUGUCAUUGGCCGAGCAGAAGCUGGAGGAGUGGAGGGCGGAGCUUCUGCUGAGAGUGAAGGCGGAGCUUCAGUCACAGACAGAUGUGCAGAAGAACGUGGAUCUGUGGACGCGGCGGCGGGAACUUUACCAUCACAUGAGGGACAGAUUUCACAUGACUGCUCCGCCCGGGCCGCCCACCGGCGCUGUCCUGCUGGUGACGGGCGACAGCUGUCUGUGUGUGCGAGUCACUGAACCCGCCGGUCAGACGCACGGCCUCAUCACCCGCUACAGAGUUGAGUGGAGCUCUUCGUCGAGUUUUCAUCCUCUGUGUGGCACCGGAUUCAUCACAGACACCAGAAACCCAGAGUUCAGCAUCGCGGGACUCCAGACUGGUGUGCAGUAUUACGUGCGGGUCAGUGCGUAUAACGUCAGAGGUUGGGGAUCAUUUGUGAGCAGCAGCCCACCGUGUGUCGCCCCAUCCAGCUGGAGCUCAUGCUGCGGUGUGACGGUGAGACGCAGGAAUCCAGCCGCAGCUGUAAGGAGAAUCUCACAGCAGAUCAGAGAGCCGGCGCUCAGUGAAAGCAGGAGCUCUGUGAAGAGAGUGUCUGUGUCUCGCGGCCUGAAGCAGCUCUUUCACUCCAGCAGGUUUGUUCGUCUCUUACAGAGAGGCGUGUACCUGGCGUGCGUCUUCUAUCAGAAGGACUGUGUUCUGGUGACGGCUGACGAUCAGCUCCCUCUGGUGGAGAUCCAGAGCUGCUCCACGUCCUUCACGCAGGACUUCCUGUGGUUCUGUAAGGUCAGGAGUCGAUCACACAGCAGUGUUUCUCCCGUCUUCCUCCUCUGUCUCCUCACGUCUCUCUCUGUGUGUGUGUGUCAGCUGUCGUGUGCGUGGAUGCAGGUGCCGCGGCUGCUGCAGGUCCUGUCGUCUUCAUCGCUCUCCUCUUCUUCAUCGCUGCUGCAGAACAGACUCAGUUUCCUGCGGGCCGUCGCGCAGCUGCAGGCAUCAGUGGGGUGUGUGGAUCUGGGUCAGGUGUAUUUCGAGCCGCUGAAGGACCGGCAGGGGAACGUGCUGCUGGUGACCCUGAGAGAGGUCACGACCCCGCUGCCCCCGGUGCCCCCGUCUGACCCCCCGCUGCACUGGCUUCCUGUCAGCAGCCUGGAGAGAAACCAGAGCGAGACGCCGCUGCUGCCCGAACCCUCGGCCAUAGAGCUGCUGACACACAGACUCAAGGAGAUGCUGGCAUAUCACAGGAGGAGUCAGCAGAGAGCUCAGCCCGGUCUAUAUGUGGGCAUCCUGAAGCUCUGCAGCUCUGUGGAUCAGCUCCGCAUCCUGGUCCCGCAGCGAUUACCCAACAUGCCCUGCCACUGCCGCGUCAGGAACCGGCCGCACGUCUCACGGGAGGAGUGGGCGUGGCUACAGGAGCACGCGGUGGGCGGGGCCUGUGGCGGUCAGGAGGGCGGGGAUGACGCUGUGAUUGACAGCUCAGGUGUCGAGGACUUCGUGAAGGCGCUGAGAUCUGCAGUGACUCAACUGCUGACCAAACUCAACGUCCCGCUGGAAAGGGCGAGCGAGUACCGCGUCUACACGCAGGAGCUGCUGCAGGUUCGCGAUCAGGUGUCUGUGAUUCUCCUGCUGCCUCCCUGUGAGGAGUUCAGAUCCCGCCAGCGUCCAGCAGAGGGAGCUCAGCACACCUUCACCAUCCCACUGCACUACUUUGAACUCGUGCACCUGUGGGCGUACGAGCGGGAUCUGCUGUCUCAGUACUGUCAGCUGUGGCUCAGACUGGAGCUGGAUGUCCGUCUAUCCCAGCAGGCUUUGAGAGAAGCGCUGGACACUGAGGAGCUGCAGGAGGCCACGGAGAGACUCGCACACGUCACACAGCUGGCACAGAGUCUGUCUGCGCUGUGGCGCGAGAGCCGCUGGCUGAUGGACGUCAUUCAUACGCUGCGCUCCAAACACUCGGAGGGGGCGGUGCCUCUGGGGCGGGUCAUGACCUCACGACCGCCAAUCAGAUCAGCCACUCAUGAGGACACGCCCCCUGCUUUACAUACGGUCGAACAGAUGCAAACAGUAGAGGCCACGGGGUCAGAGGUCAGCGCACCUGUGGAGGUCACAGAGGUGGUCACGUGUCCAGAGACGCCCACCUCACACUACACCGAUGAGUCCCGUUCCCGUGGAAACAGCACCCGUCACCAUGGAAACAGCCUCCUGCAGAUGCACUCGUGCCCUGAACUCAGUGAUCUGGCCGCCUCACAUCCCAUAAUGCCUGCAGAUGAAGGUCAGGACCUGCUGACGGAGAUGAUGGACCUGUUUCAGAGCCUGGAUCUGCUGGGAGGCAGUCUGACAGACCUGCAGGAGCUGGACUGGAGUGAUCCAGAGCCGGAUCUGCAGAACCAGGACCAGGAUGACGGCACCGUGACCCACAGGGGGCAUCCGGUCAGGAGUCUGGUGGAGUGGGUCAAAUCAACGAUUUAAUCAACCCCAGUCUGGACUAGUGAUGGCCGCUUUUGAAUCCCUGCUUCAGGGGGCUUCGAAACCUUUGUGAAUCAUUUGUUUCGAAACAGUGGUUCAGAGCACGUAUCAAAAUGCCGAAGUCACAUGAUUUCAGUAAACGAGGCUUCAUUACGCCAUAACUGUUUCAAAACAUUUCGAAAUGUCAAUGGUUUGCCGUUGAGGGGGGGGGAUCUCUGUAAACCCAUGAAUCAAGCGAGUUCAUAAAGAUCGCCCCCCCAGUGGUGAACCACUGAACCAGCGUCUCUGAUCUCGGAUCAGUUUUAUCAAUUAGUAGACAUUUUUAAUGAGACAUUUAAUUAAAUGGAUGAGUAGUUAAUAGUCUCUUACUGGCCUGUUUAGACAAGCUCUCCAUUAAACAAACAAAACAAGCCCUGCAAAUUAAUGAGAAAUAUUUUUAAAAACGCAAAUUAUACAGACACUUCAUAUUUAAUGGUAUUUUAUUAUUUUGAUUGCAUUUAAUUAUAGUUUAAAGAAAGCAUUUGCAUUGGGUUUGUAAAAGCUGUUUAUUUGCAUGUGUUUUUGUUGCCUUUACACAGUAUCGGCCAGCAGGUGUCACCAGCGUGUGGUGUUUAGAGUGCUUCGAAACAGUGAUUCAUUUUCGAAUCUUUGAAAAGGUUUGUUUCUUCCGUCACUAGUCUGGACCAAUGCUCACCAUGUCAUCUUAAAAAUAACAGAAAAUUAUUAUAAUAUAUUAUGUAAUAAUAUAUUCAAUAAUAACCUUAUAAAUUAAAUAUAAAUAGUACAUUUUAAACAUAUUUUAUAUUAUAUCUUUUGUUAGCAAACGUUUUAUUGAAAUUUAUUUACCUUGUUUUUAUGAUUUUAUUUAUUUUCAGUAAGCCUUUUAUUUUAAUUGUUUAUAUUUUUUAAUUAUUUAUGUUAAUUUUACGUGUUUAUGAUUUAAAUGUAUUUUGUUUUUAUUUCAAAAUGAUUUAUUUACUUGAAUUUGACAUUUUAUGGUUUUAUUGUUUGUAAUGAUUUUCAGAUUUUUAAAUUGUAACAAUUUACAUUAAUUUUACAUUUAAAAUAUUUUAGAAAUAUUUUAAAUAAUAUUAUUAUUAUUAUUAACUAAAUUAAGUAUCUUUUAUAACUAUUUUAAAAUAUACUGGCCAUCAAACAUUUGAUGUUGGUCUGUUGUUAUGCUAGUUAUAUAUAUAUAUUUAAAUAUAGAAAAUAAACCAAAUAAUCUCUGCAAGAGAAUCAUUUAUCUGUAGAAAAAAAAUAUAUAUUUAUUCAGAAAUGAUUAUUUUUUUACAGGUUUAUAGAAACCCUGCAGCAUCAUUCGACUGUAGGCUAUUUAAAUCAAUUGUAAAUAUAAAGAUUUAAGUCUAUUUGUUAUCUUAUGUUUUGUUAAAUGAAUAAAUAUACAUGUUUUAA